CGUGUUAUACAAAGUUCAAGUUUGGUUAUAUCGACUAACUUACUAGCUAACGUUACCGCUGAACGGAAGCAACAUUGGCGAGUUAUAAUAGCUACUACAAUUGCUAACUGGAUAUUUAGUUCAGCCUCAGGACAUAUUAUGACUCAGGAAAAUUGAUAAUCGACACCUAUAAUUGGCAGUACUCUCACAGGACAAGGACAUAUCUUAGGCAAAUGGAUCCUCCUCAUCAAUCCAAGGGAGGCAACAGGCCUCGGGAUGGCAAACGUGGACCGAGCCAGUCCACUGUCCCUCAUCAGAAAGAUGCCUAUGCCAGACUCCUCAGCCAGCAUCACAGCAGCAAGUUCAGAUCCUACCUGGACCAGUAUGUCCAACAACAGGGGGAAGAGAGAGGGCCGUGCGAACAGAGGCAGGGAUUAGCAUACAGCGAAAAACAAGACAUACCGCAGAGAAAAAGGGACCAGGCGUUUAUCGAGUGCUCUGACUCGAGUGACUUCUCGCCUUCGCCUAUGAAAGGUAAAGGAGGUGAAGAGAGCUCUCUAUCCUUGUACAUGGACAAGCUGAAUAGUCGAGGAGCCCUGCAGGAGCCAGAGAGGAGGCAGGGGGUUUCCGACAAGCAGCGACGCGGGGAGAGGAGGGACACCAACACCAGUCAGGAUGGAGAUGUGGAGUCCGGUGAGGAGUUUGCCUCCCUCAAACAGAGGGACUCCCAGCAGCAGCAACAACAUAUAAGAAACAAAGGCUACAAAGACCAUGCUUACAAAGUGCCCACAAGUAACCAAGUGAACAAGGACAUGAGUUAUGGGGUAUCCCCCCCGAAAGCCUUCUCAUCUUUCCCAGCUCAGGCGCAAGAGAAGAAGAAGUCCAAGAAGAAGAAUGUGCCAAAGACCAACGCAGAUAACAAGAGAGGUGGGCCCAUGUAUCCUGACUUCGAUGCAGACAUGUCAACAUCCCCCCUUAACAAAUCCAAAAACAUGCAACCACAAGGUGCCUCUACGCCUUCUGACAAGGGUAAGAAGACUAGAGGAAGCCAAGGAGGAUCAAAGAAGCAAGUGUUUGAAGCGUACAUGACCACAGAGGACGUUUCCCACGGCCUAAAGAGAGGAGAGCUCAUUCAGGGAUCCAUAAGAAUCAACCCCAAAAAGUACCACGAGGCUUUCAUUGCAGCACCGGAUGGCAAGCGGGAUAUCUUCCUGGAUGGAACCGCAGCCCGCAACAGGGCCCUGAACGGGGAUGUGGUAGUGGUGCAAGUUCUCCCUCAGGAGCAGUGGAAGGUUGUGAAGUCAGACAGUGAAGGCGUGAGCGAACCAGAGACCCAGUCUGGGAGGAGCCAGACACCAGGAAAGAAGACCAAACGCCCCCCCAGUCCUGAUGUCAUUGUGGAAGCCGAGACUGAAGCUGAGGAACAACUGGCCAAGAGGGUGGAGAACAUCAGCCUCAACGCCACAGAAGAUGGAAUUAAAAAAGAGAUACUCCAAAGGACUGCUAAGGUGGUGUACAUAGUGGAGCAGAAGCACUCGCGGGCCGCCACAGGCUUCCUCAAGUUCCUCCCGGACAAGCCCUUUGCCAUGUUCUCUCCUGUUGACCACCGUGUUCCACGGGUAAAUGUUCCCCUGCCAGAUUGCCCCCACGACUUUUGCUCCCGCCCGGGAGACUACGCCAAUAUCCUGUUCAUCGUCCGCAUUACCAGCUGGCCAGACGACAGCAACUUUGCAGAGGGUCGACUUGCUAAGACUCUGGGCCAGGCCGGGGAGAUUGAGCCGGAGACCGAGGGCAUCUUGAUAGAGUACGACGUGGACUUCUCCGAGUUCUCUGUCGAGGUGCUGGGCUGCCUGCCCCAGAAGCUGCCCUGGACCAUCCCCCCUGAGGAGUUAGGCAACAGGAGAGACCUGAGGAAAGAAUGCAUAUUCACAAUUGACCCAGCUACCGCCAGAGACCUGGACGAUGCGUUGUCUUGCAAACCACUGCCCGACGGCAACUUUGAGCUGGGCGUCCACAUUGCUGACGUGAGUUAUUUCGUGGAAGAAGGCAAUGCGCUGGACUUCAUCGCCAGUCGGCGAGCCACCAGUGUCUACAUGGUUCAGAAGGUGAUCCCCAUGUUGCCUCGUCUGCUGUGUGAGGAGCUGUGCAGUCUAAACCCCCUGACUGACAGACUCACCUUCUCCGUCAUCUGGAAGAUCACCCCUGAGGGCAAGAUCCUGAGUGAGUGGUUCGGUCGCUCGGUGAUCCGCUCGUGCGUCAAGCUGAGCUACGACCACGCCCAGAGCAUGAUCGAGUCCCCCGACAAGCUGUUCCAGGCAGACGAGCUGCCCCCCUGUGCCGCCGAGCACCCCAUGGACGAGAUCCACCAGGCCGUGCUCAACCUGCACGCCAUCGCCAAGAGGCUCCGUGCCCAGCGCUUUCAGGGUGGCGCCCUGCGCCUUGACCAGUUGAAGCUGUCUUUCACGCUAGACAGAGAGACCAGCAUGCCCCAGGGAUGCUAUGUCUACCAGUACAGGGACAGCAACAAGUUGGUAGAGGAGUUCAUGUUGCUGGCCAACAUGGCCACGGCCCACCAGAUCUACCGCUCCUUCCCCAACAAGGCCCUGCUGCGACGCCACCCCCCGCCCCAGACCAAGAUGGUGGACGACCUGCAGGAGUUCUGCGACCAGAUGGGCCUCCACAUCGACUUCUCCACGGCCGGGACGCUCCAUAAAAGUUUGAAUGAGACUCUUGGCGAUGACGAGUACACCAGCGCCAGGAAAGAGGUCCUGACCCACAUGUGCUCCAGACCCAUGCAGAUGGCUAUGUACUUCUGUACGGGGGUGUUGAAGGAGGAACUCCUGUUCCGUCACUACGCCCUCAACGUACCCUUCUACACCCACUUCACCUCGCCCAUACGGCGCUACGCUGACGUCAUCGUCCACAGGCUGCUGGCCGCCUCUCUUGGCUGUGGUACUCACCUGGAGUUGAAAGGGGAGGAGGUGCAGAAGCAGGCGUCCCACUGCAACGAUAAGAAGACGGCCUCUAAGAGAGUCCAGGAGCUCAGCUCAGAGCUGUUCUUCAGUGUGUUCGUCAAGGAGAGUGGUCCUCUGGACUCUGAGGCCAUGGUGAUGGGAAUUCUGGAUCAGGCCUUCGACGUCCUCGUGCUGCGCUACGGGGUGCAGAAACGCAUCUACUGCAAAGGUCUACAUGGCCUGGAGACGUUCCACUUCCACAAGGUGGGGAAAAGGGGGGAGUUGACUCUGGUGUGGGCCGCAGAGGAACCCGGGAAGCCUAGCGUACGGCAGGAGAUCUCCAUCUUUAGUCUGGUGGAUGUGCAGCUGAGGGCAGAUGGAGCGCCUAUGAAAUACAGCGCUGUCAUCAAGAGGCCUAAUGAGACGGCGUAAUGAGUACUCUCAUGUGUCCCGAAUAACACACUCGCACACACACACACACACACACACCAUGUCACACAUUCUCUGACACACGCGCACACACACACACAGCACUGCCGAAGAAGUUUUGCCAGUAUUUUGACAUUGACUACACAAACACACACGUUCUUGCACGUUUUUUUAAUAUGUAUUAGAAAAGCAACUUUUUUGUAGUUAAACUUUACAGUUCAGUUACCAUUGAGGAGCCGAGGCUGGACCGUAGCACUGAAGCAGUGGUAUUGUUGUAGGGGCCAGGCUGCUUAACUGAAAAAGCGCCAAGACUGUGCAAUGAACUUUUUAUUUUGCAGUUUUUACCUUUUUUAGGAGGUCAUUUUUAGAUAUUAUAAUUAUAUACACAGUCAAUGUGUGAAGAUGAUGGCUUAAACUAUUUUAGGUUUCAAACCAGUUUUAUUGAAGCUGUUCCAUUAAUGUCAAGUGUACUGUAACUGGUCGUUUCAGUCGCAAUGCAAUUGUCAUUGUUUAUUUGUAGCUGUAACCUAGUAAGAGCUUGUAUGCUUUUCCACUUCAAUUCAUAGUAUGACACUCGUCCCCACAUUAAUCUACUUUAAAGGCUCGACGAAGCGUUCAUCAACCUUUUUCCGUAAGGACUUUGUAGAGGCUUCAGUUAUUUUAAAAGUGAAUUUGCACAAUGAGCAACGUCUGACUUUUUGCCAAAUGCUUUGCCACCCUUUUUUUUUUAUAUAGCAAGACAUUUGCUUGUAAAUUGUCUGUGGAGCAUCUACAGUGUCUUGUGAAGUCGUUUAAAGUGAGACCUGAAAUCCUUGUUGACGGAACUGUUCCUUAGUGAAAAACAAAAAGAUGAACCUACCCUAUCCGCUAAUAUACCGCCGUUGAUAUGUUUAUGGCAGUGCAUGCUGGCAUUUACAGUGCAGAUUCUAAGCAUGCUAAUCCAUUGUCUCAAAGUUGUCAAGUGUGUGAAAUUGACUUUUUUCGUGACAGUUUUGACAGUGACUCUAAAAUGACGGCGUACGAUGCUGCUGUUGAGAACUACCUUGUGAAUGUGAGGCCUUGACCAUUUUUGUCUCCCAUAAAAAAUCCUCCUAAUGGCCUGCAUGUCCAAACAAUACUGACACAAUACUUUUUUUUUUUGUCUUUCAUCUCAGUAUUGUACAUGACAGUAAUGAUAUGAUUUAUAAAUCUCGUAUUGUUUUGGAGGGCAGCCAUCUUAGUGGUCUUGCUCCAUAAGCAGGUGUGCCUUUUUCCGUAACAUUGCUUUUCUUUCUAGAGUAAAACAACCUUUAUCUUGUUUGGUUUACAUUGUAAAUGAAGUUAAGCUAAUAUGAUGUAAGACCAUAAAUGUUCUGCAAAUUGUAAGGUGCCAGUAGCAAGGAACUCCUUUCAACUCUUGAUACCAUGUUCAAACUCACAAAUCGGAUGUGUUGCUAAAGUAGUAUAAUUCUAACGAGUAGCUGUAGCUCACUCCUAAAUUUCUGUUUAGUCUUUGUGACCAGAUGGUUACAAUCUGGGUUUAGAAAAAAAAUAAAAAAUUCUUCAAUAACAAAUAAACCUUUUUGCCUUUUUACUAAGUAAUUACAAUUUUGGAGUCCAUUAAAUAUUAGCAAAAACAACCCAUUUCCAGAGCUCUCUAUUUAAAGGGGGCUGUUUUUUGUUGGUGCGAUUUUAAAAAGCUUGUGAUUGUCUUUUGUAAUCGGGUCGCCGAGAGCAAUUGAGUAGUGGGCCUUUAACAGGAACGGGAGAGCUAGGCCGUCAGUCCACACAAUACCUUAUUUCCUUUGCGCUUGUUUUACGUAAUAUAUUCCAUUCAUUUUGCCCACGUAACCUAUGCCUUACAUGAAAAUAAGUUGAGCUUUCAGUUGUAAGAUUUAGGAUUCAAGCAUCUUUUCAUUGAUUGCAUUAUUUUUUUACUGCACUCCCCGUUCCAUUCGUGACGUUAGUACUGUAGGUGUACUUGCAUUGCCUUGCUCAUGGUGAUGCCAAUGUAUAGACUGCAGUGGUUGUCAAUGUCUCAAACUUCUAUUAACCUUGUUAUAGUGGACCCUGUUAUGUUCAAUAGGAAGAAAAUGUAAUAAAACAGUGAAACAUGGAUAUACCACAAUAACUUGUCCAAUAAGAAAGAAAAAAAAUUGUUUGCCUUUGCAAAACGUUUUGCUUAAUUGUGCUCUACUGAACAUGACCCAGGUGUUGUCCUGUUGCUUGGGGAGUGGGAGAACUGUGCUGUGUUAACAUGUUAUACUAUCCAACUGGACACGCAAUAUUAAUGUAUUAGCAGUGAUCACAUAGGAAUUGGUGUAAAAGUGUACUUGAUGUGGCUGGCCCCUGUGAACCAAAUAAACAUCGGCUUCACUAAA